ACACACAUGCACUCAGUUAAAAAAACACAAGGGGACACGGCUGCACAUAACAAAUACAGUUUACCCCAAAUCCAAAGGAAUCUUAACCUUUCCCAACUCCUCACUCAAAACCCGCGAAAAUCAAAACCCCUAAGAAAUUAAAAAAAGAAAAAAACAACAACAACUAGUAGUUCCAACAAGCACUCAAUUUUAAAUUUCCAGUGCAAUUAAGCGCCGUUACAUGAAAUGGAUCGAAUCGAAGCAACAAACGAGCUCUCUUUCCGGGUCGGGUUUUCCGGCCACAGUGGCCAUCUCAGAGUGGAGCCAAUAUCCACCGUCGAGCGCUCCGACCCCGUCAAUUCCCUUCCCGAUUUCAUUCUGCCACCUGCAUUUCCGAGGGAAACACCCAAGUCGAUUAAAACGUAUGUAGAAGAGACAUAUCUAUUGCCUAGAUUAGACCCUGAAGAAUUUUCGCCUGAAAAGGUUGGAAGGCAGUGGGAUUUUGAUUGGUUUGGAAGGGCAAAAGUACCCCUAGAGCCAUCAUUACCACGCUCUAUUGUGGUUCCUACAUGGGAAUUGCCAUUUAGACGCCAGAAGAAAGGGUUGAUGCAAGAAAUAUGGGAACCCAAGUCUGUUCAGGUGGAUGUAUCAGAACUAAUUGUUGGAGCUCAAGACUCUUUGCCACGCACAGCUGGACCUGCAAAGGAUUUUCUAAGGGGCAGCAUAAAUAACCGCCCUUUUCGUCCUGGAGGUUUGGAUGAGUCCCAGUCUUUAGAAAGGAUUCAUCCUGAAGGUGCUUCAAAUGGUGAAUGGGUACGUGAAGUUUUGAAUGGUGGCCCUGCUCAGGCCGUUACUCCAAGCUUGAAGAAAGGGUUGGACCUUGGCAAUCUCAAGGUUUAUCCAUCCUCAUGGAAUGUUUACAAGGACCAAAGUUCGGUCAAGAGCACAUCAGAUGAAAAGCUGGGUGAGUUAUCUGUACAGUUUGAUGACUUGUUCAUGAAGGCUUGGGAAGACGAUAUUGUUCCUGAAUAUGAGGGAGAUGGUCCAUUGUCGGAGGCAGAGUCUGUUAAAUUGGAAGAUGAAUCAAAUAAGGCUGAUGUGUCCAGCAGCCCAAAUGAGCCUGAAUUAUCUCUAUUGGAUGAUAUCUUGUCAGUUGAAUCAAGAGGAUCAACAACAAAAUUGGAUGGCAUAAGUGAUGGUGGUGGACAGCAGAAGCAGCAGGGGGCUGUUAUUGGAGGUGGUGAAGGGAUUGCAGAGCGCUUCCAUGAACUUGUUCCUGAUAUGGCUUUAGAUUUUCCCUUUGAAUUGGAUAAAUUCCAGAAAGAGGCUAUAUAUUAUCUUGAAAGGGGAGAGUCUGUUUUUGUGGCUGCUCAUACAUCAGCUGGAAAGACGGUCGUUGCAGAAUAUGCGUUUGCUUUGGCAUCAAAACAUUGCACAAGAGCUGUAUAUACCGCUCCUAUUAAAACCAUCAGCAAUCAAAAAUAUAGGGAUUUCUGUGGGAAAUUUGAUGUUGGACUUCUCACUGGUGACAUUAGCUUGAGGCCAGAGGCUUCAUGUCUCAUCAUGACCACUGAAAUAUUAAGGUCAAUGCUUUACCGGGGUGCAGAUAUUAUACGUGACAUUGAAUGGGUUAUAUUUGAUGAGGUGCAUUAUGUCAAUGAUGUUGAAAGAGGUGUUGUUUGGGAAGAAGUUAUAAUCAUGCUUCCAAGACAUAUUAACUUUGUUCUCCUUUCGGCCACGGUACCAAACACAUUUGAGUUUGCUGACUGGAUUGGGCGGACAAAGCAAAAGGAAAUCCGUGUAACUGGGACUACAAAAAGACCAGUACCACUGGAGCACUGCCUAUUUUAUUCUGGAGAACUUUACAAAAUAUGUGAAAAUGAAAAAUUUAUGCCUGAGGGAUUUAAAACUGCCAAAGAUGCAUUCAAGAAAAAGAAUUUGAUUGGUGUUGGUGGUGGUACUGGAUCUUAUGCUGGGGUCCCAGCUGCUAUUGAUGGCCGAGCUCAGAGACGCGAACAUUCUAAUCGGGGCAAGCAGAAUAAGCAUUCUGGGAGCCAAAAUCUGGGGAACUUUACUGGGACUGUUGGGGGGAGUCGAAACUAUGGGAACAGCCAAAAUAACUGGGGGUCAAGGAGAUCAGAUGCUUCUCUGUGGUUGCAGCUUAUUAACAAUCUAUCAAAGAAAUCUCUAUUGCCUGUGGUUAUAUUUUGUUUCUCAAAGAAUCGCUGUGAUAAAUCAGCUGAUAGUAUGUAUGGAACUGACCUCACUAGUAGUUCUGAGAAAAGUGAGAUUCGUGUUUUCUGUGACAAAGCAUUUUCCCGACUAAAGGGAUCUGACAGGAAUUUACCACAGAUUGUUAGAGUUCAAAGCCUACUUCAUAGAGGGAUUGGUGUCCAUCAUGCAGGGCUGCUUCCAAUUGUUAAGGAAGUGGUUGAGAUGCUUUUCUGCCGUGGUGUAAUCAAGGUUCUAUUUUCAACGGAGACAUUUGCAAUGGGGGUCAAUGCUCCAGCAAGAACGGUUGUUUUUGAUACUUUAAGGAAGUUUGAUGGCAAGGAAUUUAGACAAUUAUUGCCAGGAGAGUAUACUCAAAUGGCAGGCCGUGCUGGCAGAAGAGGACUUGAUUCUAUUGGUACAGUGGUUGUUAUGUGUCGUGAUGAAAUCUUAGAAGAGAGUGAUUUGAAGCAUGUUAUAGUUGGAAGUGCAACUAGGCUUGAGUCUCAGUUUCGGCUGACCUAUAUCAUGAUUCUACAUCUUCUCCGUGUUGAAGAAUUGAAGGUGGAAGACAUGCUGAAAAGAAGUUUUGCUGAAUUCCAUGCUCAGAAGAAACUUCCCGAGCAACAACAACUUCUAAUGCGAAAGCUUGCUCAACCCACAAAAACUAUUGAAUGUAUAAAAGGUGAACCAGCCAUUGAGGAAUACUAUGAGAUGUACUCAGAUGCUGAGAAAUAUGACAGUGCGAUAUCUGAAAAAGUAAUGCAGUUACCUGCUGCCCAACAAUGUCUUACUCCUGGAAGAGUGGUAGUUGUGAAAUCAACAUCGGCCCAGGACCACUUGCUUGGAGUUGUUGUGAAAGCAAUUUCUGCUAAUAGUAAUAACAAACAAUACAUUGUUUUAGUGCUGAAACCUAAUUUACCAGUAACAGCACAAAGUCCCCCGGCUAGCAUUAAUUCACAAGAUAAAAGAAAUGCAGAUUUCCCAGGAGGUUAUUUAUUGGCACCAAAAGCAAAACGUGCCCUUGAGGAAGACUAUUGUUCUUCUGUCACUUCUCGCAAAGGAUCUGGGGUUAUCAACAUAAAAUUACCUUACUGUGGUGCUGCUGCUGGGGUGAGUUAUGAGGUUCGAGGAAUUGAUGUUACAGGGUUUUUAUGCAUAUGCAAUUGCAAAAUAAGAAUUGACCAAGUUCGACUUCUUGAAGAUGGUAGUAGUGUUGCUUACUCCAAGACAGUUCAACAGCUAUUGGAACUGAAAUCUGAUGGAAAUAAGUACCCUCCAGCCCUAGAUCCAAAGAAAGAUCUAAAGUUGAAAGACGUGAAUCUUGUGGAAGCUUACAACAAGUGGACUGACCUGUUGGAAAAGAUGUCAAAGAAUAAGUGCCAUGGGUGUAUAAAAUUGGAAGAGCACAUUAAACUAGCAAAAGAGAUAAAGAGACACAAAGAGGAAGUUAAUGCUCUAAAAUUUGAAAUGUCAGAUGAAGCACUUCAGCAGAUGCCAGACUUUCAGGGUCGAAUAGAUGUUCUGAAGGAUAUUGGAUGUAUAGAUGCUGACCUUGUAGUUCAAAUAAAAGGCCGUGUUGCUUGUGAGAUGAACUCAGGGGAGGAGUUGAUUUGCACAGAGUGUUUAUUUGAGAAUCAGCUAGAUGAUCUGGAACCAGAAGAAGCGGUGGCAUUAAUGUCAGCCUUUGUGUUUCAGCAGAAGAAUACUUCUGAACCUUCUCUUACUCGCAAGCUGUCUCAGGCCAAAAAGAGAUUAUAUGACACAGCAAUAAGACUUGGGGAGCUUCAAGCCCAGUUCAAUGUACAGAUUAACCCUGAAGAGUAUGCCAGAGACAAUCUCAAGUUUGGUCUUGUUGAAGUGGUUUAUGAAUGGGCAAAGGGCACUCCAUUUGCAGAUAUCUGUGAACUUACAGAUGUUCCUGAAGGCCUGAUAGUGCGCACCAUUGUAAGACUGGAUGAGACAUGUCGUGAAUAUAAAAAUGCUGCAGCUAUUAUGGGUAAUUCUGCACUCUACAAGAAAAUGGAAAUUGCUUCCAAUGCAAUAAAGCGAGACAUUGUUUUCGCAGCUAGCUUGUACAUCACUGGAGUGUAACCAUAUCAUAAAUAUGGAAAUAUGGAAGGGGAUCUGGAGAAGCAAAGUAUGGUGCUCUUACAUGUGCAUUAAUCAAUGACCUGCUCAACGUGCUCAAAUUCAGCAGAUUUGGUUGAAAGGCUCAAAUUCAGCAGAUUUUGUUGAUCUUUCAACCAUAUUAGUUUCUGAUAAACAGGAUAGUGCUAUAGAUUACCUAUCAAAAAAGUGAUAGAGAUCUAUUAGAGCAACACUCACUCAUUCUGCACUUUUAGUUCAGAAUGCUUGCUUCAUCUUAAAAUUUCUGCCGCUUAUUACAAUCUUGUUAAGAGCAUUAAUGUCAAUGUACAGUAUUCCUAUUUGUGUCCUAUAGGUAUAUUUUGUUAGUAAUUUGUUUAUUUGUUUAUUUUGCUGACUUUGUUAGCUAAUUUAGUUGUUGCAAAAUUGACCCAACCUGUUAAUCCAGUGUACUGGAUAGCUGAUUGUUGUUCAUACUUCAUAAUAGUAUAAAACUGAACAUUUGAUUC